AUGGCAGACCUCCGGCGGCUUGUUCACAUUGGAGCCUUUUCUACUCUUCAAGAUAAACUAGAUAAAUGGAGUUCAGAUUAUUACAUCAACACGACAGACCAGAAUGUCGCCCGCGGUUGUGAACUCGUCGAACUUGUUGCCAAAGUUCAAGGACAGCUUUUCAAAAUCUUGUCACAAGCAGCAUCUGAUGGUGGUCUAUACAGUGGUGCUAGUGUCCUGAAGUACCGCCUGCUGCCCUGGUUGGGUCAGGGUUUCCUUGCCACAGGUGGGAUCAUUCCCGCAGAACUGCUCGCAGAAAACGUGGCCAAGGAUCGCGAGAUCAAUGACCUUCAAGACAAGUAUGAGCGGUCCAUCACACAACUAGAAGCUGACCUCAGGAUCACCCAGGAUGAAGCAGAUACACUCAAGGCUGAUCUUGCUGAUUCAAAGAAUGAGUCGGAUCGAACCCAACGAGCCUCCACCUCAGAAAAGAUGUUUACGGACUCAGAAAUCCGGGAACUGAGAUCAAAACUCGAAGAUGCAGAAAGUGAAAUUCAGACUUUGAAGAUCCGUGUGUCCCUUGUUGAUGAGUAUGAGAGACAGAUCAGAUACCUUAAGGAUGAUAUUGCCAUCCUGAUGGGGCGUAAGCGGGUCUCGACCCCAAUCCUGAGCGGGCUUGAAGUGGCUCAUGAAGACAACAAGGAGUUGCGCGGCAAACUAGGCCUGCUCGACGAAUACGAGCGCCAGGUCCGUUUCCUCAAGAACGAGGUCGCGAUUCUGAACGGUCGACGUAGCGCUCUUAUCAGGAGUAAGCCAGAGACACCUCGUAUUAUUGUCUCUGAUAGUGACGUUGAAGACUCGUUGGCAAGCUACCGCUACCUGCACCGCACCACCACCCCCCUGGCCGCAGAUGACAUCACCCAGAGAGUACGCCAACAAAGUCUGAUUGCUAGGUUCAACGACAUGUACACAAUCGACCGUAUCGAAGCAAUGGCAACCCUAUCUGGAUUCAGUGAUGACCACGAGAACAAUCAACGCAUUGUCUUUUCUGCUAUACAGGAAGCCUUCCAUGCAGCUAAGAUAUCAUUCAGACAGUUCAAGAUCAAAGUCCGCUCCAACCUGGCUAUCACGCACAAGGGACCCGAGACUCUGGAAGAAGCCGUCCAAGACUACAUCAACAAGAACACGGACCUCUAUGACCUGCCUGGUUUAGUCACUGAUGUUGUUCGCGCCCUGAAUCGUAACAUCCACAUCAGCCUUCCCGCUGGCGUCUCAUACACCGUCGUCAAGCCAUUCAUGCGAGAGGCAUGCAAGCUCGCCUGGGGCAUGUCCGCCCUGGCUCAUCCCCUUGAUCUGUCUGUUGCCUAUGGUGCUGAGCUUUAUGAUGAUCACAAAUAUCGCCGUGCCUAUGAUUCCGAGUUCACCGCUCCGCUCGUGAACCACCACGUCUGGCCGUGCCUGCUCCAGGGUACACACGUCAUUACUAAAGGUGAAGCUGUCACAAGGCGAGGGGCAUCUUUGACUUCGCCCAGACGCAGUAGGAGUCCAGCACGUUCUCUCACGCCCUCUCGUGCCUUGAGCCCUCGUCCCCGUAGCCGAUCGCCAAGCCCAAGACGUGCCGCAAGCCCAUCAGUUUUUGCUGACGAUGAAGAUGAGGAAGAGGAGGAGUUGAUGCCUGAGCAAGACUUAUCAUUGACUGCGCCACAUAGUAUGGCAUCUCGCCUGGGUUCUGGACGCCCCAGUUCCCGCUCGGCCGUACCCUCAAGCUUGCGGAGCACCACGCUUCCGUCGUCACUUUUCUCUGAGUCAGACAAAUCCGACGCAGAAUUACAAGCACCACUACAAAAUAGAUACACAAAUUGCUCUAGAGGACUACGCUCUACCAGCCGAACCAGUCACCGCUCGCUCUCUCCCUGCAGACCCUACUCGUCCAUGUCUGCUCUAAACCGUUACUGAUCCGUCAGCUAUGAACGCUAAAGAAAGGUGGCGCUAAAUACCAUCGGAACUGGGAUAUGGUGACAGCUCCUGACUGGCUUCACGAAACUAAAUUCUGUCACAUAUUAUUGCUACCUCUAUGCUAAAAUGUUCAAAAUAAGAGCCGUUUGUCAAAUAUGAUACUUUUUGAGCAGCUUUUUUUGUUCAACAAAGAACUUUUUCUUUCUUAGAAUCUUUUAUCGUUUUUUAUGAUAUGAAGAAAUGUAUUGAAUGAGAAUGAAAGCGUCAAUAUCUAAUUGUACAUUUACAUUUAUUUAUUUAUUAACAGUGUAUGCAUUAAAAGAUUCCAUCCAGUUGUAUAAAACUAUUUGAUUCCUACAUUUAUAUUUAAAUUCAUUCUGCUGAUUCAUUAAUCUAUCAUGUUUAUUGGUGAUUUCUUACUAAAUAUUGGUAAUGUAUCCGUCCAAGUACAUCAAGAAUGUAGACCUAUUAGGGGAUUUAUCUAUUUGAUUGGAAAAUAUUAUAUCUAAGAACCAAACCAAGGCCUAUCAAGGUGCUGUAAAUAGCCAUACACAUAUUGUAAGCUUUAUUUGCAUUGUUGACAUCAUCUGAUAGUUUAUCGGUGUAUUCUUUGUCAAAACCAUGGUAGACAUUAGACGGUGUCAAGUAACAAAUCGUAGUUGUUUUCUUCUAGUUACCGUCGUGAUAGUUGUUAUGUCAAAAAUAGUUUUAUUUAAGAAAUUAUAUUUGUGAUGUUAUUAUUCUUGCUGUACUUUAAUUUAAGGGCAUCUGUAUUUAUGUGAGAUUUUAGGCAAAGCUUGUAUCUAAAGAUAACAUAAUAUAGUAAGGCUGGCAUAACGUUGUCAUGGGUAAUAUUAAAAAAACUUCAGCUAACAAUGUUUAAUCAUAUUAAUACAUCGCCUUACCGAGAGCAGUAUUAGAGCAUGUACAUUUCAUAUGAAUGUAUACUUCUGAUUAAUUGACACUGAUACAACUGAUGACUGACUGAAGUGCAGUUAUUUGGUACACCUCACUGUAACAACAUCUCAGAACAGGCAGCAACAGCAUAACCUCACAUUACUACAACCAAAAUGAUUGACACUUGAAGAAAAUAUGCCAACAUACUGGUUUCCUCCUACUUUUUUGAGUUGCAAAUCGUAUUCAAGUGUUUUAUCAUUUUGCAGCUGAUAACUUAACAUUACUGUGAAUGUAACAUACAUUACUGAAGCAUGUUUUGAGCAUGUGAUGAGAUUAUCCCGCACUUGACCAAAUAAACUAUGUUUAAUGUUCUGGCCUGAAAUCAUGGAAUCCGUGGAAAUCCAAUAGAUAUUUUAUCUCCCACAUGAAUUGUGAUGUAAAAUUAUUCAAGAUGUCCAUAUUGAAGUCUAACGGUCACAGAUGAACUAAUGUGAAAUGAAUCUUGUAGUUGAAGAUUCUAGCUAUACAUGUAUUUUGUAAGUGUUUUGUUUUGUUUAAAGCUAAGUGUUUGCUAUGUUGGUAGCAGAUUUUUAAAUGAAUGGACAGUACCCAAUUACUGCUGAUAAUUUUAGGGCUAGAAAUGGUCAAGUAGAACAGGGUGAAUCUGAGAAAUUCUAAAUUUUAUAAUAUCAUGUUAGUUUGUUUUUUAUCAUCUUUAUUGGUCCAGCUAACUAGGUAUUUUGAUUCAAAUCUCUUAUAAUUUUGGUGAUUUUCGCUCUAUGGCAAGUCUCCUCAAGAUCUUUAUCAAUUCAAAAUAAUUCCCAUUGAAUUCUAGUUAGCUGAACUGUGAAUGCUUCGUGGGCCAUGUGAACAAAUUCCCACCAGAAUGCCUAUGGUAGCUAUUGAAUGUAGCGUAGUUUUUGGUAUGUAGAUACAAGUCUAGUGUUCAGUAUGAUUUUAAGAAUAUCAACAAUUAAUCCUAGGACUAGUAUGUUAAUUGAAAGAAAGGUUUUGCAUGUUUUCUGGCUUGUUUCAGCUUGGUGGUCAGGCACCUGGCAUAAUGCAUGCGUAAAUGUACAGGUCUCCUCUCUUGUUAGCUUGGAACAGACCAGUGCAAACUUGAUCAAUGUAUGUGAUGAUCUAUUUUUCUAUUGGUAAUGAUACUGAAUCUCAAUAAAAUUUAGAUCGGAAA